UUCAUAGGUAACUGAUAAAUUAAAGCACCGGGCAACUCACAAGAUGGCACAAGUUUUCGAAUUCUUUUUGUGAUAUUGCGUCUUAUACGUAAUAAUUAUGAACGUUUUUUGAUAAUUCAAAUAUUAAACUAACUAGGGAGCUGCUGGAUUAAUACAGAAAAUGCAGAUCAGUUGCAGUCCUUUACAAAGACGGCAAAUUUUGAUAUUUGUUGUUGGCUGGUUUGCAUAUGCUUCAACCUACUGCUUGAGGAAACCUCUAGGGGUUAUCAAAACAGACUUAGAAAAUGAGUUGUCAAUCAGUAAAACACAACUUGGAUUGUUGGACACGGCAUUGUUACUUCCAUAUGCUGUAAUGCAGAUGUUGCUUGGACCAUGUGGAGACAGGUUUGGGUCAAGAAAAACAUUUGGAGUAUGUUUGCUUUUCUCUGGUCUUUCCAUGGCAUCCUUUGGAUUGUGGAGUAAUUUCUAUGUGUUCUGUCUCUUGCUAUUCCUGAAUGGUACGGCACAGGCCCAGUGCUGGCCGAACUGUAUGAAAGCUAUAGGAUCAUGGUACCCUGACAAAGUGAGAAACUCUGUGUUUGGUAUGUUUGGGACUUGUGCCUUUGCUGGUGGUAUAAUAGGUACAGCCCUUGCGGUAUGGCUUCAGACAACAUAUGGAUGGAGAAGUGCGUUCCUUACACCAUCUAUAUUAGUUGCUGUUUUAGGUCUUGUGGUCUUAGUGUGUUUCCAUCAACCUGAUGAGGUCAACAUAGAGGUCAUUGGAAAAGUGUGUUAUAUUAUAGAGAGUUUGGCCACUUCCUCGACAUCUUCCUCCAGCAAGUCUGAAUUGACGUGGUUUCAGCUUUGGAAAAUACCGAUGUUAGCGGAGGUAGCUGUAGCGGUAUUCUGUCUGAAGGCAGUUAGAUACUGUAUGUACAUGUGGCUACCCAUGUACCUGCUUAAUCAGUUAAAAUACUCAAAAGGUGAAGCUGGGAUGUUUUCUACAACAUUUGAGAUUGGUGGGGUUAUAGGCAGUGCUGUGAUAGGUGUAGUGUUAGACAGGUUAUUUCAUGGCCGUUCAUUGUUUGGUACAGCUCUAUCUGCAGCUCUGUCUGGUUUAUCAUUGCUGUUAUUUAUGAUGACUGGUACCUGGGGUGUACUGUUUAAUACUCUAUUCCUGUUCCUUGCUGGUGCCUUCAACUGUGGACCAGAUACAAUCCUAGGUGGAUCUGUACCAGCAGAGUUGGGUGAAACAGAUGGCAGAAAUGCUGCAGCAGCUACUGUUGGUCUAGUCAAUGGUUUUGGCAGUAUAGGAACAUUUAUAGAAGGUCCAGUUAUUGGUGUCAUAGCAACAGCCUAUGGCUGGUCUGGAAUGUUCUACUUUAUGAUAGGAGUGACUUUUGUAGGCAGUUUUUCAGUAUUUAGAGCAUCUGUGAUCAAAUCUCGACUGCCCCGACCUAUACCUGAUGCAAUUCCUCUUAAAGAACCAUUAUUAUAGUAUUCAAGACAUUAGAUCCAUGAACUUAAUCAAGAAUGUUAUAAAGUGACAUAUGUAAAUAUUCCAUUUACUCUACAUCUGGUAGAGUAUUAUUUAAUAUUAGCUGUAAAUAUGGAACUUUUUAUAUUUAAGUGCUUAAAUACAGUUUUGUACAAAGGAGUAUGCAAAACAAAAACUUGUGUUAUCAGUUGAGGAUAUGGCAUGAAGUGACAGAGGUAAAGACAAAUUUGAUGGACAUAAUCAAGGAGUCAAGACAGACUUGGCAGUUUGUGCAAUGUAUACCAUAAAUCACCUAUUCCACUCCAGACUUUACACGGGUACUACCAGAAGUCUGUUCUUGUCAUAUUAGAGGCUUAACAAUUAGUAGUUUAAUUAAGGUAAUUAUGUGUGUCGGAAAGUAAACGUUACAUUGUUAAGGUUAAAAUGUUUCAAAUCAGCCUGGCAAAAAGGUCAGAAUUGCUACCCAAACCUUUUUAUUUUCAGAAUGUUCUCCGUUUAUUCUGUUAUUAUGAAAAAAUCAAACACAUUGUAAAACAUAGGUCCUAACCUGUAGUGCUGCCUUUAUUUUAAAGAUGCUGUAUUUGCUCAUGUCCAAAGUGUUUAUAAAAUACAUCAAAAUGAUUAUUAAUGUGUCUUGCAUAAUAAUUUUAUCCAAGGUUAUAGUUUGAGGUCAUGAUUAAAACAAAAUGAUAUAUAUGAAUUCAUUUAGCAAUUUUUCAGGCCAUUAUUAAAUACUCAUCAAUGUUGUUCUGCCAGACAAGUGAAAAUUCUGGUAUGGAUAUAAUUAUGUGUAGAAAUUAUAUCACAUCUACUGAUACUAAAGAUUUAUAAAGGGAUAUUUCCCAUUUUUCAAUGGUUUUAAUUGUUGUGAUUAUAUUUCUUAAUAUUUAUAAUCUUGAUGCCAUUGCAACAAAUCAGUUAACUGUCAUGUUCUACAUACAAUGUAUGUAACAAAUAUUGUUUGUUAUGUAUAAGUUAAUCAUGCUGAGAUGAAUAAAUAAAGAUUUGAAAUGGAA